AUGGCAGUGUCCGCCACCAUCGAGAAGGUGGUCAUCACCCCUGUAGCCUUUCAUGAUAUGCCACUGCUGAACAGUGUGGGCGUACACGAACCGUUCGCUCUUCGCAGCAUACUUGAAGUGACCACAAAAGAGGGGACCUAUGGACUUGGUGAAUCAUAUGGAGAUUCCGCACACAUCGAACGCUUGCAACGUGUCGCAGACCGUCUCGGUGGUGUAUCGAUUUACAACACCAACGAGAUCUAUCGCAUAUGCUCGGACGGCCUGGAGAGCAAUGCCACAAGCGGCGGAGACGGUAUGGCGGGGAUGGUGACAACUGCAUCUGUCGCGGACAAGGUCUUCUCUCCGUUCGAGGUGGCUUGCCUGGAUAUCCAGGGUAAGAUCGCAGGAAUGCCUGUCUCCGAGCUGUUGGGCGGGCGCGUGAGGAAUUCUGUGCAAUACUCAGCAUAUCUUUUUUACAAAUGGGCUGGACAUCCGGGAGAGCAGGACGAUGAGUAUGGUGCGGCGCUUGAUCCAGCUGGCAUAGUCCGACAAGCUCGCAAGAUCAUCGAUGAGUAUGGCUUCAGAGCCAUCAAAUUGAAGGGCGGCGUCUUCGAGCCAAGGCAGGAGGUUGAGGCCAUCAGAGCACUCCAUACGACCUUUCCAGGCAUACCAUUGCGCCUGGAUCCGAAUGCAGCAUGGUCUGUUGAGACAUCAAAGUGGGUUGCCAGAGAGCUAGAAGGUAUCGUGGAAUACCUAGAGGAUCCAGCUGGAGACAUUGAGGGGAUGGCAGCAGUUGCUGCAGAGGCGUCCAUGCCACUCGCCACCAACAUGGCUGUAGUGGCGUUCGCGCACCUGCCAUCAAGCAUCCGGCAAGACGCUGUGCAGGUCAUUCUUAGCGAUCAUCAUUUCUGGGGCGGGCUGCGCAAGUCACAGACUCUUGCAGCCAUAUGCGCAACAUGGGGCAUGGGUCUUUCCAUGCAUUCGAAUUCUCACCUGGGCAUCUCAUUGGCUGCGAUGACGCACCUGGCUUCAGCGACCACUAAUCUCGACUUUGCGUGUGACACGCAUUGGCCGUGGAAGCGGCGUGACGAGGACGUGGUGAUCGAAGGAGCUCUGAAGUGGUCGAACGGCGGUGUCAUCGUGCCAACAGCGCCAGGCCUUGGGAUUGAGCUAGAUCGGGAGAAGCUGGCACGUCUGCACAAGCAGUACCUCGAAUGUGGCCUUCGCAAGCGCGACGACACCACCUACAUGAAGAGGUUUCAACCAGAUUUCUCGGCACAGAUUCCCAGGUGGUGA